AAUAGCUGGAAGCAUGACUCCGUUUUUCGUCGCCAUUUUCUUGCUCGGCCUGUCAUCCCUGGCCACUGCAGCCAACUUCAAUCAAGUCUAUGAGUGGCCUGAGGAAUUGAACUAUGAGUGGCCGUCAGAGGAAAGCAGGGCACGGGCCUUGGCAGAUGUAACUUUCAAGCCAGCGAAACUUUAUCCUAUUUACAUGGCUGUCUACGAAUCGAGGAUCUUCUUCAGCCUGUAUAGAUACAAUAGAUACAUUCCGGCGACUCUGGUGUCUUUGCCGACGAGCAGCGCGUCCUCCGCACCCCCAUUGCUCACUCCAUUCCCAUCGUUGGAGAUGAAUGGAGAGAAAAACUGCAACCAAAUCGGAGAAGCAACAGGGCUGCAAGUGGACUCCGUCGGAAGGCUGUGGGUGCUCGAUGGGGGUAGCAAGAAAUGCAAUUCCAAAUUAUGGACGAUCGACUUGAAGAACAACGAUCAAACCAAACUUGUUCACGAGUUUUCUUUUCAAAAAUGGACGCACGACUUGGUGCUUGACGAAACACCGAAUGGAACCUUCGCCUACAUCGCAUUGUGGGUCAAAAAACACAUUGUCGUGUUUAGUUUGGAAAAAAAUGAAUCUUGGACUGUGGAAACGCCAGAUAUCAUGGUUUAUUCCAUCGCCCUGUCCCCUAAAACGGAUCAGGAACCGAGACAGCUCUACAUAGGCAAAUACAACUCCACGGAAUUAUACUCAAUUUCUGUCGACACACUUCGCAAUGGAAAUCUAACUGCAAAUCCGGAACUAGUCGGAAACUGGACUGCAAUUGACUCGUAUAGUAUGGUGAUGGACAACCAGGGCACCAUGUUCACAGCCUUUUCGAGGAAAAACUUCCUAUCCUCUUGGAAGACUUCUCAGCCAUUUCAGGAGCAGCGUUUUCACGAGGUUGCUGGACUGGAAUAUGUUUGGCCGUUUACCUUUACCUUUGACCAAAGUGGAACCCUUUGGAUGACGGUGUUUGAUGACAAAAGUAAGCCAAGAUGCAGGCUUUUGAAGGCUGCGGUUGGAGCAAAAUCCUCCCAGGCCUCGCCAGAAUAGAUGGUGCAAGCGGCAAAGAGGAAUAUGUUGCGGAGAGAAGGAUUCUGAUCGACUCGAGCGUAUUCUUCGUUUUCCUCUUGGCUUUCGCCAUUUUGUAGUUCUACUAGAAGGUUAAUGAUCAUUGUUAGUUCAAAUAAAGGGGAUUUUAGAGAUUUUUAUAGAAUUUAAAUGUCUUGAUGAUGCAUACUCCAUAGUUGAGCGUCAAGGAAACGCCCUUCGGCUUCUACAAAAUAAAAGCUGUAGAAUUUCAAUCCUUUCGAUAUAAAGUC